AUGUUUCGUGACUUUUUGUCUGGAUUGAUCACAAUUAAGGACGUCGGCCCAUGGAUUCAGCGGGACAUUGAACAGGCUAAGGAGUGCAAGGCAGAUGCCAUGCUUCAAGCCCUCCUACAGCGCGCGUCUUGCGCGCCGGAGACGAAACAGUCCAAGCUCUUGCAAAAGCCUGAGUGCCUCAAGGCAGUUCUGUCGGGACAUUUACUCUUCUGGCGUCGAGACAGCCCUGAAAGAAUAGACCACGAGCAGAUGAAGAUUUACGGGAUGCGUGCUCCUGUCCCCACCGUGGAUAGACGCAAGCAGGCUCAUACGGACACGCAUGCAACGGUAGAGGCACAAAAUCUCCCGUGGAAAAAGUUUCUCGCUUGUAGCUAA